AUGGAAGAUGACAUCAAGACCAAAAUCAAGAAUUGUAAGACUGCCCCAUUUGACAGCUGUUUCCCCAACCAGAACCAAACCAAGAACUGCUGGCAGAACUACUUGGAUUUCCAUCGCUGUGAGAAGGCAAUGACAGCUAAAGGGGGUGAUGUCUCUGUGUGCCAGUGGUACCAGCGUGUAUACAAGUCCCUCUGCCCCAUAUCCUGGUUAUCCAACUGGGACAACCAACGGGCAGAAGGCACAUUCCCGGGGAAGAUCUGAACUUGCUCUACUCAACCUGUCCUGACCUCUAUCCUUUUCCCAGGUGGUGAAGGGGGAUCUGGGCACAUGGUGAUCCCCAUCCUGGGAUCCUGAACCACAGCUCACCUAAUAAAUACUUGUUGGAAAAGGAAAGGAAAGAAAAGAAAAGAAUAGAAAAA